AGCCGGCGUUGUGCCCGGGGCGCACCGGGAGGAGGGACCAGGAUCCGGCGCCCGGACGCAGAUACUGACACCAAAGGAAUCCGGGUGGCCCCCCAUCCCGCGCACCAUGUGGGCCCCCGGGAACCCGGCUCCGCCACCCCGGCUGCCCGCCGGCCCCGGCCUCAGCCCUGGCCAGGCGGAGAUUCUGCGGACAUUCAGGGAUCGGCUUCACCACUGAGACCUCAGGCCUCUGCCAGCCUCCACCCCCACAUCCCUAGCUAUCUUCAGCAGGUCCCAGUCCUGUCUCUAUUGGUGCCCACGCCCCAGCCGCAGCUAUGCUGCACACCGAGGGCCACGCUCUUCUUCGAGCCGUGGGUCAGGGUAAGCUACGCUUGGCCCGUUUGCUUCUGGAGGGAGGCGCCUACGUGAAUGAGGGUGAUGCUCAGGGGGAGACUGCGUUAAUGGCGGCCUGUCGUGCCCGCUACGACGACCCCCAGAACAAGGCGCGAAUGGUACGCUACCUCCUGGAACAAGGUGCGGACCCCAACAUCGCAGAUCGGCUAGGGCGCACCGCGCUCAUGCACGCUUGCGCCGGGGGUGGGGGCGCCGCGGUAGCCUCGCUGCUCCUCGCCCACGGCGCAGACCCUUCGGUCCGAGAUCACGCCGGCGCCUCGGCGCUUGUCCACGCCCUGGACCGCGGGGACCGCGAGACCCUUGCUACGCUGCUGGACGCCUGUAAGGCUAAGGGCACGGAGGUCAUCAUCAUCACCACUGAUACCUCUCCCUCGGGCACCAAGAAGACCCGGCAGUAUCUCAAUUCUCCGCCGUCUCCAGGGGUGGAGGACCCUGCUCCCGCCCCUUCUAGCCCAGGGGUCUGCACGUCGCCUUCAGAAAUCCAACUACAGACUGCAGGAGGCAGUGGGCGGGGGUUGUUAUCACCUCGCACCCAGGAAGAAGAGGAGAAACGGGACGUAUUUGAAUUUCCUCUUCCUAAGCCCCCGGAUGACCCCUCCCCCACUGAAGGCCCGGAGGACCCGCCCCCAUGGGCGGAGAAAGUGACAGGCGUGGGUCCUCUCUCUCGCCGAAACACGGCGCCAGAGGCUCAGGAGCCGGGCCCUCCUUCAGGCUUGAGGCAGAAACUGAGCCGCAUGGAGCCUGUGGAGCUUGACGCCCCCGACUCGCCGGAGUGUAGCAGCCCGUCUUUGCCGGUCCCGCCCGCCGAAGGGAGGCCAGGAAUAGAGCGCUUGACGGCCGAAUUCAACGGCCUGACCCUGACCGGUCGACCCCGUCUUUCUCGACGUCACAGCACUGAAGGCCCGGAGGACCCGCCCCCAUGGGCGGAGAAAGUGACAGGCGUGGGUCCUCUCUCUCGCCGAAACACGGCGCCAGAGGCUCAGGAGCCGGGCCCUCCUUCAGGCUUGAGGCAGAAACUGAGCCGCAUGGAGCCUGUGGAGCUUGACGCCCCCGACUCGCCGGAGUGUAGCCGCCCGUCUUUGGAGCGCCGCCGUUAUAGCGCUUCCCCGCUGACCCUCCCUCUAGCCGGCUCGGCUCCCUCCCCGCGCCAGUCCCAGGAGAGUCUGCCUGGGGCUGUAUCCCCGAUAAGCGGAAGGAGGCGAAGUCCGGGGCUGCUCGAGCGGAGAGGCUCCGGGACGUUGCUCCUGGACCACAUCUCGCAAACGCGGCCGGGUUUCCUGCCCCCGCUCAACGUCAACCCGCACCCUCCCAUCCCCGACAUUCGCCCCCAACCCGGAGGUCGGGCGCCUUCGCUCCCUGCCCCUCCCCACGUCGGGGCGCCUGGCUCUCCUAGGACCAAGCGCAAGUUGGUGAGACGCCACUCCAUGCAGACUGAGCAGAUCCGCCUGCUAGGGGGCUUCCAGAGUCUAGGCGGUCCAGGGGAGCCAGGCCGCUGAGAGGAGAGAGAGGAGCUGAGGAGGGUGGGGAUCAGGACCUUAAUGGGACAGAUGGGAUAACCACCUCACAUACACACCAUGGACAUAGGGUCUUUUGCAUGUGCUCAUGGGCACUGUGCACACAUACAUCGGUAAAACGUGUCCACAAGCACAGUAUCCUUCCUUAUUAGCAAGGAAGGAUAAGUACUCUAUUUAAUUGGGUGUAUAGACAUAAGCAUUUGUGCCCUGGUCAUUUCACAUACACUUGGGACCACUUGUGUACCCACAGGCACACCAAUAAACACACGGGACCACAUGUGCUAGGGUCCCAAAUUCACCUGCAUUUGUUCAGAAGCAGUAAGGAAUCCCUACAUAUGGGUAGUCUCCUAUGUCUUUGCCUUCCUGCAGAAGCAAUCCAUUGCUUUCUUUGUAUGUCUUGCAACACUGCCUAUCAUGAUUUUGCACACUCUACCCUCUUCAUGAGUAUCCUACCCAAUUUUGCAGGUCUUGCUUCUCCCUCCAGGCCUGACUCCUUGUUCACAUUCUGCUUCCAGCACCCCCCCCCCCACUCUUCAGGGUUUUUUCACUCUUCUGGGGGUGAGGGGUUCCUGCAGCAACCCCCCAGCCUCAGUUCUGCUGCUGCCCUUCCUGCUCUCAACUUCUUAACUUCCUGCUUUUUAUUCCUGCCCUUUCCCCCCAACAACUACAGCAGGUUGUCUUAUUUCCCCAGGGGGUGGGUCAUGGGCUCUAAGCUGCUUUUCCCGUCUGUCUGAGCUUAUGAACACUCCCACAGAUAGAAGUGGGGAGUAACCCUAAAUUACUCCUCUCUCCACUUGACAUAUCAAAUAAAUGUAUUCAGAAGUCUCUUUUUUGUCACCUCUGCCUGAAGUUCUGGGGUGUGGGGAAUGAAGAGUGGGGAGGAAGGGUGAUACAAACAUGUAGCUAUAAUGAUCCAAGGGAUACAUGGAGGUUCCAGCCAACGUUUUUUUCCAGGAAACCAACUGACCAACUGUGAUUGUAGAAGAAAAGCCAAGUGUCCUGUGUCCUGAAGGUUUUAAGGCAUUUGACGGGCUUUCAUUUUUUCCAAUCUCCCUUAUGUCUACCCUUAAAUUCUUUAAGAUUCUUACAGAGUCCCUCUGCCAUCAGCAGAUAUAGUCCAGUAGAUUUAACUGUCUCUCUUUCAAGUUUCCUACUUCUUGGGCACUCACGACUUUUACUCAGAGCCUUAUUUUUAUUCCACCAGAUGAAUUUCAUCCAUUUUCUUCAAUUUCUGACUGCUAGUUCCCUAUCAUUGAUUUCUGAGCCACUAUAGGAGAGUUUGAGGGGAUUCAGUUAGUAUAACUUCACGUAAGCAAUAUGGCAUGACAGUCAGCUGACAAAGGGUGUGCAGUGAAUGUGUGUGUAUGUGUGUGUAAGCAAUCAGAGGAACCCAGUCUGACAAGUUCUAUGAACAAGGGUACCUUUCUUAGUCUAAACCCUAAACCCUAGAAUUCUGUUUGUGGGGUGUUGUUUUUUUUCUCUCCAUAUAUUCUCUUUCUCACUCUAAUGAGAGGUAAAAGGAGCUGCCCUUUUUACUGUCUCUCACUCCCUCCCCAAACUUAAAUUGUGGAAAUCAGAAAAUUACUCAACAAUGUGGCAUCAUGAAAAUGGAGAUAUUAGAAAUCAGAAAAAUUAUAUCUGAACCCCCUUUGCCAUCUAUUAGCUAUGUAAUUUGGAACAAUUUAUC